AUGGGUGAUGUAAGUGCUAAGAUCCGGGUCAUUGGGAUUACUUCGCCCAGUGUGCAGGUAUCCAUAGAUUGUUCAAUAGUCAUAAGCCCAAGUAAACAAUCUCUUAUUUCCAAGCAAUGUGGAUUCGAUGGUUUGCAAUCCACCGCCUUACUAUCCAACCAGUCGAUCUGCUUCUUCUUGAUCCUUCAGCACCGCCUUCGCAUCAAACGACUGAAGAGGACUUUGGAGCAGCAAGAACGCCAUGAACGAUCGACCCUUUCGAGGAAUUGUCGUCGUGUGUGCCACAAUCUGGAUUUUCAGGCUUCUGCUGAAGCCCUCGCAGACGGCUACCGUUGGGGUAUGGAUUGA